UCGAAUGCGCGACACACAGCGGCACCAGCGGCGGCGGCGCCAAGAUGGCGGAGUCGGGUGGUAGCAGCGGGGGUUCUAGCGGCAGCGGCGGCUUUAUUGCAAGCCCGGGCUCCGAACGCCCGAACAGUCUGGCAGAUAAGAACGGGGCCCUGAAGUGCACCUUCUCCGCGCCUGGCCACAGCACCAGCCUCCUGCAGGGCCUGGCCACGCUACGUGCGCAGGGCCAGCUCCUGGACAUCGUGCUCACCAUCAACAGAGAGGCCUUCCACGCGCACAAGGUGGUGCUGGCGGCCUGCAGUGACUACUUCCGGGCCAUGUUCACGGGUGGCAUGCGGGAGGCCAACCAGGACGUGGUGGAGCUGCAGGGAGUGACAGCACGGGGGCUACGGCACAUCAUCGACUUUGCCUACAGUGCCGAGGUGACCCUGGACCUGGAGUGUGUACAGGAUGUGCUGGGUGCAGCUGUGUUCCUGCAGAUGCUGCCUGUGGUGGAGCUGUGUGAGGACUUCCUGAAGGCUGCCAUGAGCGUGGAGACCUGUCUGCAUAUCGGACAGAUGGCCACAACCUUCAGCCUGGCCUCUCUGCGGGCCUCGGUAGACACCUUCACCUUCCGCCACUUCCUGCAGAUCGCGGCGGAGGAGGACUUCCUGCGCCUGCCACUCGAGCGCCUGGUCUUCUUCCUGCAGAGCAACCGGCUGCAGAGCUGUGCAGAGAUCGACCUGUUCCGUGCAGCUGUCCGCUGGCUGCAGCAUGACCCCGCGCGGCGGCCGAGUGCCAGCCACGUGCUGUGCCACAUUCGCUUCCCGCUCAUGCAGCCGGCUGAGCUAGUGGACAGUGUGCAGACGCUGGACGUCAUGCUGGAGGAUGUGUUGUGCCGCCAGUACCUGCUGGAGGCCUUCAGCUACCAGGUGCUGCCGCUGCGCCAGCACGAGCUGCAGUCCCCACGCACUGCGCUGCGCUGCGAUGUGCCCUCUCUUGUGGCUUUUGGCGGCACGCCCUACACAGACAGCGACCGUGCCGUCAGCAGUAAAGUGUUCCACCUGCCCGAGCCAGGGGCCCGCCACUUCCGCGAGCUCACAGAGAUGGAGGUAGGCUGCAGCCACUCGUGCGUAGCCGUGCUAGACAACUUCGUGUAUGUGGCUGGUGGCCAGCAGCUGCAGUACCGCAGCGGCGAAGGUGCAGUGGACGCCUGCUACCGCUAUGACCCACACCUGAACCGCUGGCUGCGCCUACAGGCCAUGCAGGAGAGUCGCAUCCAGUUCCAGCUGACUGUGCUGGGCGGCCUGGUGUACGCCACAGGCGGCCGCAACCGGGCCGGCAGCCUGGCGUCCGUGGAACGCUACUGCCCGCGGCGUGACACCUGGGACUAUGCCUGUUCACUCAAGCGCCGUACUUGGGGCCACGCGGGGGCUGCCUCUGGGGGCCGCCUCUACAUCUCAGGGGGCUACGGGGUCUCGGUAGAGGAUAAGAAGGCCCUGCACUGCUAUGAUCCCGCAGCUGACCAGUGGGAGUUCAGGGCCCCCAUGAGUGAGCCUCGCGUGCUGCAUGCCAUGGUGGGCACCGGAGGCCGCAUCUAUGCCCUGGGCGGCCGUAUGGACCAUGUGGACCGCUGCUUCGAUGUGCUUGCCGUGGAGUACUAUGUGCCCGAGGCAGACCAGUGGACCAGCGUGGCACCCAUGCGGGCUGGUCAGUCAGAGGCUGGCUGUUGCCUGCUGGACCGCAAGAUUUAUAUUGUGGGAGGCUACAAUUGGCGCCUCAACAAUGUGACAGGCAUCGUGCAGGUCUACAACACAGAGACGGAUGAGUGGGAGCGGGACCUGCACUUCCCAGAGUCCUUUGCGGGCAUCGCCUGCGCCCCUGUCCUGCUGCCCCGGGCUGGGACCAGGAGGUAGCCCCGGGCUGGGCCAGGCUGGCCUAUUGCCUUGCCACCUCCGGCCUGGCUUGAGGAGCACCUGGCCCUGGCCCAGUGGGCACACAACCCCACUUCCCUCCGCCCCACUGGCUCACAGGACAGGGCCAUGGCCUGUCCUAAAUCCUCAUGGCCUGCCUCACUUCACCCUGGGGAGCCUUGCUAGACACUCAGAUAUGGCACUGUAACAUUGAGUGGGGUCUACAGCCAUUCUCCAGGACCUUGGGAGCCUGACCCCAUCCUCACCCCCUGCCGGCAGCCCCUGGGCCCCACUCUGCACGUGCCUCCCUCUGCUCCUAGAGUCUGCUUGGCUUCUGGGGCACCAGGGCUCCUGAGGCAAGGGGGCCCACACCCUACUGGCUGUCCCACCCCAGAAAAGGGGAUGCCUGGGAUUUGGCUGCAGGCCCUCGGCAGGUUUUACCUCCACACAGCCCCCCACAUAUAUCCUGCUCCCCACCCCAGCCCCAAGGGACCAGCCCCCAGCAACCCUUCCCGCCCGCCCCCCCCCAACUGUGCAGGACUUUGAUGCCUAGGCUCUUUUUUGUUUUUUCCUUAUUGAACAAGCCAGCAGGACUGUCUUCUAAAUAACGUUUUUACUUCCUGGGGACUGUUUCUCUCGUGCUGCUAGCAGACCACGGAUGCAGUGUUUGUGCACCGCCUGCUGGUCGGGUGCCAGCUCCACAUCCCUCCCUCUCCUGAAUAAAGAUGUGACCGU